AUGAGCCGCCCACCGCCCCGCAAGAAGCAGCGGGUGCUGCGGCAGACGGACAUUCGCGGGUUCCUCAAGCCGGGCCUCCCGACCCUUCAGCAUCUCGACUUUACCCAACAUCCCACAGUCGUCAAGAUGAUCGUCACGUACCUUCCUCUCCGGUCGCUCUUGCACCUGCGUCUUGCUUCGCGUGCGUUGCGAGAUCAUGUGGACCACAUCCUCCGCGGCCAUCUGGUCCUGAAGCCGGGAAACCAUCUCGACGGCAUCACUGGCCCCCUCCCAACGUUUCGGCAUACGAAUGCGGACGAGGUCUUGGGUCCCAGGCGCUGCUGGUGCACCUACUGUCGCCGUCACCCCAGCAAGAUUGAGCGCGAUCGCGUCCGGACAACUCUCCUCGACGCUCGCAUUCUCGACUUGCGCUAUAUGACCACCCACAAUCUUCGAGUACUCAAGAACCUUCUGGCCGACAGGUGUUCACCCGUCCCAAUCGUCCGGCUCUGGAUGUGGUGCACCAAACCCCAGCCCGGCGCCCUCCCCAUAUCCGCCUCGACUCUCAUCGUCUUCGGCUGGGCCGGCGUGUGGGAGCCGACGAACGGUUACCGUUGCGAACGAUUCAGGCUCCCGCCCUGGGGAAUCCGCAAAGCGGUUUUCAACCUUCAAGUCUCCCAGACCAAGGUUCCUUUCAUGUUCCACGGCCUCUUUGUCAAGCGCACUCCUCCCGCAAGCCUGGAGAAAGUCGUGUUCGUCUUCCACGCAAACUGGGCAUCCGACGAUCGCCCUUCCGCGCUCGAGCCGCUGCAAGCCGCCAUCCCGCGGAUCCUCCAGCUACUCACGGAGGCACGGCAGCGGCGGCUGCAGAUCAUCUUUGUCAACGCCGAAGCCAUCUUCCCCGCCACAUUCCCCAUCCCAAGUCACAACACCAAAUACCCCAGUUUCUCCGAGUGCAGCUCCCUCAUCGAGUACGUGACGGCGUACUACAUAUCGGUGCGAGGUAGUGAGGAGUUUAUGGAGAAGGUGAUGUUCAUGACCCUGGACGAGUACCGAGCCGAUAUCGGGCCAGAGAUGUUCCGGGUGGAGACUUUGGGAUAG